AGAGGGAGAGUGGUAGAGAGAGAGAGAGCAAGGAGGCUGAGGCAGAGUAUGAGCAUCUCUGCUUGGCUUUCAAGCUGUCAGAGCACCGAGAGAGAGAGGACAGAAACAGAGAGAGAGAGAGAGAGAGAGAGAGAGAGAGAGGAGGGGAGAUCGAGCAGCAGCAUCAACAGCAUCACGCCCAAAGCACAGGUUUUGACAGGCAGGACUCCGCUUGCUGCCUCGCUUCAAAUUAAACACAGAUUUGCUUCCUGUGCAACCUUGAGCAAUUUCUGCAAGGUUUAACCUUCACCAACCGCAGCCAUGAACUUCCUCCGCCGCCGCCUCUCCGACAGCAGCUUCAUCGCCAACCUUCCCAACGGCUACAUGACGGAUCUCCAGAGGCCUGAUCCACCUCCACCUCCUCCUCCCAGUGCUGCCUCCUCCCAGGUCCCUGCCUCUGGUCCAGCUACAGCAGCCCCAGGCACUGCCACAGCUGUCCCCACUGCCCCCACUGCCUCUGCUGCCACCGCUGCCUCCGCUUCCACCAAGUCCCCCAGCGCCUCUCCGGCUCCUGAUCGCCGACCCCAGCCUGCCCAGUCCACCAGCUCGGGCUUCUUCAGCUCCAUCACCAAUGUGGUCAAGCAGACGGCCGCAUCCGCUGGACUGGUGGAGCAGAGUCCUGCACAGAUGUCCAAGAAGUUCAAGAUUCUCCUGGUCAUCGAUGAGCCACAGCAUGAAUGGGCCAAGGUGUUUCGCGGGAAGAAGGUCCAGGGAGAUUUUGAUAUCCGUGUUGAGCAGGCGGAAUUCUCUGAAAUCAACCUCGUGGCUCACGCCAACGGAUCCUGCAGUGUGGAUAUGCAGGUGAUCAGGAAUGGGACUAAAGUUGUACGGUCCUUCAAGCCUGACUUCGUGUUGGUCCGACAGCACGCGUACAGCAUGACCCAGAACGAGGACUUCCGCAACAUGAUCAUCGGACUGCAAUAUGCUGGAAUUCCAAGUGUGAACUCACUGGAGUCUAUCUACAACCUCUGUGAUAAGCCAUGGGCGUUUGCUCAACUGAUAAGCACCUAUAAGAAACUGGGACCUGAGAAAUUCCCUCUUAUCGAGCAAACGUUCUACCCAAACUACAGGGACAUGAUUUCUAUGCCUACAUUCCCGGUGGUGGUGAAGAUUGGACACGCUCAUUCUGGCAUGGGAAAGGUUAAAAUUGACAAUCACAACGACUUCCAAGACAUUGCCAGUGUGGUUGCCAUCACUCAGACUUACACCACUACAGAACCUUUUAUCGACGCCAAGUACGACAUCAGGGUGCAGAAGAUCGGUAGCGACUACAAAGCAUAUAUGAGAACAUCAAUUUCUGGCAACUGGAAGUCGAACACCGGUUCUGCAAUGCUGGAGCAAGUAGCCAUGACUGAAAAGUAUAAGCUGUGGGUGGACGUCUGCUCAGAGAUCUUCGGAGGGCUGGAAAUCUGUGCAGUUAAAGCCAUACAUGGGAAGGAUGGGAAAGAUUACAUCACUGAGGUGGUGGGUUCCUCCAUGCAGCUGAUAGGAGAGCACCAGGCAGAGGACAGGCAGCUGAUAGCUGAAGUGGUCCUGGCCAAGAUGAACCAAACGGCAGCUCGGGCACCAGCUCGCCCUUCACAAAGACCCACAACUGCUGUCCAGCAGCCUCAGAGCUCUGCCUUAAAGGAAGGCCCACCUGACCACAGCAGGACUCCGCCCCAGCGUGUCCCUCCUCAAGGGGCCUCAGUGAAACCCCAAGAGUCCCAUCCUAAGAGUCAAGAACCUCCACCUGAGCCAGCCCCUAGUGCUCCUGCCCCGGAACCCGUGCCAAAGGCAGCUCCCACCCCAACUCCACCUCCCACAACACAGCAGCCCAAGCCCCAAGGUCAGGCAGCACCCGUGCCAGCUCCAGGAAAGCCAACAGAACUGCCCCCGAAACCACAGCCUCCAAAGCCACUUCCCCCAAAGCCUGUGCCUCCAGUCCGGCGAAACUCCAAGCCUCAGAUCCAACCAAAGCCCCAGACCCCACCUCCUGCCAAGGCCCAUCCUAAGGCCCAGCCUGAAGGCGCAGGUCAGAGUCCUUCCCAGACAGAUUCAGCCCCCACGCAGGUACAGUCCCCAGCCAAAACCCCCGCCAAGCCCCAGUCUCCUAACAAACCCCAGUCCCCAGCCAAACCCCAGGUCCAGCCCAAGCCUGUGCCUAAAGAGCAACCCCAGGUUGAAGCUCCACCUCAAAGAGCAGCUUCAACCGACACGGCACCGUCGGCUUCUGCGCCGUCACCUGCCCCUGCGCCAUCACCUGCCCCUGGACCUGCCACGGCUCCGGCCCAGGCUCCUGUCGAGGAACAGCCAGCACCUCAGCAGAAGUCUUCACAUCCAUUCCUAAACAAAUCCCAGUCUCUGACCAAUGCCUUCAAUGCCUUCGGGGAGACCUUCCGCUCCAGCAAUGAGGACGAAGCCAAGGCAGAGACCAUCCGAAACUUGAGGAAGUCUUUCGCCAGCCUCUUCUCUGACUAGUGGCUGUUCCAACUUACGGUUCCAAGCUUGGCCGCAGACUUGAUCGACGGAAGUGUGUCCUGGUCUGAGGUUAACUCCAUGUAGCUGUAUACAUUGUACCCUCCUCCCAACUCUGCUGUAAAUGUCUGAAUGUCGAUUCGCAAGUGGAGAGUGCCGUAUGGUGAUUGUCCCCGGCAAAGGUGUUGGUGUUUACAUGUUUGAUUUGCACUGGUCUGAAACAUUGCCAUCUGUACAUGGAGGACAAGGAGGCGUGUCAGUGAUGCAUGGUUCUGAGGGGAUUUCUGGAUUCGGAUUUUGGACGCGGUCGAAAGCGAGCGAUCCUGAUGGUUGCCGAGUGCUGAGGUUGUUCAUUAACCCCUUGAUGUUGUAGCCUUAUCGUGGACGUGUGUUUAAUUUACCCAAAGAGAAAUAUCUGUGAGUAGUCUCCCUCGUCUCUCCAGCGCAGUGUGUAUAUCUAGACGAUCUGUUGUUAUUAGCCGACGAGACAUUAGUUAAACAUUACCUCGAUCAGACCAAGCACUUUCCUUUCCGAGAUUCCUACAGUAUGCAGUGCUUGGACUGGUCCGUUUCAAUGCAGUAGUGGCGUUUCAGUGGAAUGCCUGGUGUUCUGUGGUGUGGCUUGGGUCCGGCACAUAACCGACAUAACGUCAAGUUAAUCAUGAGUGCCAUGUAGUAUCCUUACAUAUUGUAUAUCGUACUGUACGUUCAGCAUCUCAGGAGUUUCAGUUCUAAGUAAAUCAUUUAUUUCUGGCGUCAUAUUGUUCACGUUGUGUUUCCUUCGUUCACAGUAGAACUGCUUUGCAUGACCCGUGACGGUUGUUUUUUCUGUACAGGUCUCAAUAAAUAUGUGGCACUCCAUUCCACUAAUUUA